AUGGGUGAUCUUGUUUUGCCAGACAAGAAUAAAGAGAGGGAAAUUUUAUAGUAAUUUGACAGAAUAAAAAUUGGAUUAGUCCUUUUAUGUACGAAGAUUGGCAAAUUAAAAAAAAUUGAUGAGAAUUCUGGAAUGUUAUUUUCAGAGAUGAUAAUUCAUUUUAUGUAAGGUGAAUUAACUUUGGCAAGUGAAAUUGGUGAAAAACUAAAACUAAAACAUAAAUUCAUAUACAUUUAUCGUUUUUUAGCAUUCUGUUACAUAGAGUUGAAAAAAUUUGAAGAUGCUGAAACCUGCUUAAAGCAGGCUCUUCAAAUAAAGCCUAAAAAAUGUUAAAUUUUGCUAAAUUUAUAUGAACUAUGUAUGCUAAAGAAUGAAUAUUAAUAAGCAUAAGAUUAUAUGAACUAAAUCAAGAAUUUAGAUAGUCAUCCAAAUUAUGAUUUUUAUUUAGGAAUAACUUAUUAAAAAAUGAAUGAACACGAAAAGGCAAUUUAAUGUUUCGAAAUGGCUCAUCAACGUUUACAAGAUAAAAAGUACUUCAUGGCUAAAUCGGAGUCAUAUAUAGCUCUCGAAAGAUAUGAUGAGGCAUUAGAGUGUUGCAUGAUAGCUUUUACUUAUGAACCAUGCGAUAGGAAUGUGCAUCUAAUUUUAUAAACCUUAAUUAUUUUGCUUAAGAUCAGUGAAGAAUAACAACAAAUGAUGUAAUUAAAGGUAGAAGAAGAAAAUAACUACACUAUUGAGACAUACAAAAAGAAGAGAGACUUAGAAGCUUAGCAAACUUAAUUAAUUAAGAGACAAUCAAAAAUUAAGAUUAAAUCUAAUUAAAACGAGAUUAAUCCAACUUAAUCAUAAAUUAAAAUAAAUAAAUAAAAUCAAUAAAUCGUGUAGUAUUUGGAUGCUAUUUAUUACACAUUUACUAACUUUUUUUCUUUAUACAUUCACGCUAGCUAGAAUUGUUCUGCUGAAGUUGGAAAAUAUCUAUCGACAAAAUAAAAUAUUGAAAUAUUUAAUUUUACUGAUAUAAUAAGAGAAACAAUCUAAAAAUGUUAUCCAGAUUUAAAAAACUUGAGUGCUCAAGAGAUAAGUGGAUUGAUGAUUUUAUGGCAUAAUAAGAAAAUUAAGGAUGAUCAAAUUGACGUCUUUUAAAAUCUUUACAACAUUUUUAGUAAUUUAAUUAACCCUACUCUGAAACAGUAACUAUUUGAUAGAUUCAACGAAGACUUUAAUUAGAGUAUUGAAAGAACUAAUAAAAAUAAGGACUUCCAUUAAUAUCUUGGAUAAAUCAGUACGUAAGUUGAAAAAUAAGGUUUUACAAUUUAUAAAUCAUUUGGCGGUUUAAUAGGAUUAGAGCAUGCGAUUAUGAUUUUAGGAUUUUUAAUAAAGUUUCCUCAAUUAGCUGAUGAUAAAGACAGUUUUGAAAAUCUGCUUUUCAGAGGACUAAUGAAAGAAGAUUUUUAUUAGUUAUUAAAAUCGUAGAGUAGAUUAUCAGUAUCGCUAAAGCUAAAUUAGUAAUCACAAUAGUUGGAAGGACUUGAAUAAUCAGUUUGUAGUGAUUCGAACUUCCUUUCUAAGUUUUAGUGAAAGAUAUAAAAAGGAAAGAAUGAUUAUUUUAUUAUUAAAAAUUAUGAAGUUAAAA